CCAGAGUGCCCCCCGCGGCGCACGCGUAACAAUGAGUGGAAAUGAGCAGGACUGGCUGGCUCUCAAACCCCAGGAACCUUCUCCAUCCCAGUGCUGCAGCAGUGGCUGCAAACCCUGCAUCUAUGAUGUGUAUGAGAAGGAGCUUGCACAAUGGGAGAGGGCCAGAGCAAAGCAAGACAAAAGCCUCCUCAUGGAGAAGAAGGAGCAGGUCAAUUUAUCUUCAUCACAUCCUGGAGCCUGUGCUUUGAUCAGCAGUAAUUCAGAGCUGAAUCCAGAUACAUUUACUGCAUUCAACAUAAGCUCGGUGGAGCAGCUAACAGAGGACACCUACCAGUACAGAUUUGAAUUGCCGGGAAAUAGCAGCCUGCGACUGCGUUUAGGACAACAUAUCGUGUUAAGAGGAGUGGUGGAUGGAUUGGAGGUCCAGCGAGCCUAUACUCCAAUCAGCCCAGGGAAUGCAGAAGGGUACUUUGAAGUUUUAAUGAAAUGCUACAAAGCUGGGCUAAUGUCACAAUACAUCAAAACCUGGAAGAAAGGAGAUGUGGUCUUCUGGCGUGGGCCCUUUGGAGGCUUCCCAUAUCGACCUAACCAGCACGGAGAACUCCUCAUGCUUGCAUCUGGGACCGGCCUUGCACCCAUGCUUCCCAUACUGCAGUCCAUAACUGGGGAUGAAGAGGAUGAAACCUUUGUGACUCUUGUGGGCUGUUUCCCUACAUUUGACAGCAUUUAUCUAAAACCUCUUCUCCAGGAUCUGGCUCGCUACUGGAACGUCAGAAUAUUUUAUGUCCUAAGCCAGGAAACAUCACUGGAAAAGCUUCCUUGGAGCUAUCAGGAGAACACCUCCAUUGGGCAUCUUGAUGAGGGCCUGCUGAAGACAAUAACAAAUUCCUGUCGGAGGAAGCCAUUUGCAUUGAUCUGUGGCUCUCAUGCGUUCAAUGAAGAUAUGAAGAGAUACCUGAAAGCUGCAGGAAUUGAAGAAAAUUCAUGCUUUGUCUUCUAG